AUGAAGGAUGAUGAGAACAUUGAAUCAAGGUUCACCAGAUUCAGCAAGAUCAUUGGUGAACUUAAAUCUCUUAGAGUGACCUACACCAAUUCUCAACAAGAUGAAAAGAAGAAAACAGUUGCCUUCAAAUCUCAGGCUGAAGAAUUUGAUGAUGAGUUUAAGGAAGAAGAAGUGGCCAUGAUUUCUAGGCAUGUGAUUGAAGCCAUGAGAAGAUUGAGACACAAUAGAAAAGGAAAUUCAAAUUUUAGAAAAGGUAAAACUUCCACUAUUCAAAGAAAUGAUGGAAAAUGCUACAAAUGUGGAAAAUAUGGUCACAUUGCAUCUGAAUGCCCUGAGCCAAAAAGGAAACCAUCGAAAAACUAUCAAAACGAAAGAGCAUUCAGCAGUUCGAGUGAAGAUGAAGUCUCUCAAGAUGAUGAAGAAGGAAUGGAAAACAUUUGCUUCAUGGCAAUUGGCGAAACUAGUGAGGUAAGACCUUAUCACUGUUCUAACUGUAGUGAAACUCAAGAAUUGCUUGAUCAAACACUUGAGAACUUAAAUAUAGUGUUUAAUGAAUAUAAGAAGCUUAAGAGAGAAACAAGGGACUGGGAACUUAAACUAGAAGUAUUUGAAAUAGAAAGGGAUCUUCUUCAGGAAGAAGUUGAGGACUUGACAUUGCAGCUUAAUGGGAUGCGUAAGUCCACUAGUCAUAGCUUAGUUAGAUCUAACCAAUCGACUCGUAACAAUAAGUCCACUGGGAAAAGACCUAUCAGUAAUAGUAAUACCUCUGAAAAAUCUAAGGGUGUGUCAACCAAUUAUGAGGAGACAGAUCAGUCUAAUAGAAGCUUUCAAACUACUGAAAGGAAGUCUCCAAGAAACUUUCAUAAGUCGACUACUCAGUCAUUUUUUGAAAACACUCUUUUCAAAAAUGUUUUUGCUGUGGAAAAACGGGUCAAAAAUAUCUUCAAUAUAGAUUUCGCUACACAUGUUCUCCAGGUUAGAUAUGGAAGCCCAAGACUAAUCAUCAAAGCACUAACUCUCAAGGACCUAAGGAAAGUUGGGUACCUAAAAGAAAGCGACAAAAGCUUGUUCAAAUUGAUCGCAAACUUUGAUGGAGGACUAGUUACUUUUGGUGACAACUCAAUAGGAACAGUAAUUGGUACAAGAACUAUUUUGUUUAAUAACUCUUACGAUAUCUCUAAUGUUUAUCUUGUUGAAGGACUCAAAUAUAACCUCUUAAGUAUUAGUCCGCUAUGUGAUUCUGAUUUAGACAUAAGAUUCAAAAAGACUGGCUAUAUCAUAGAAGACAAAACUAGAAAAGAAAUUCUUCCUGGCAGCAGAACAAAAAAAGUGUAUGUGCUUGACUCUGUUAAAAGUCCAGCUGGACACAUUUGUUUGGCUUCAACGGGAGAAGAUCCUUGGGUUUGGCACAAGAGACUUGGACAUGCUAGCAUGCGACUAAUUGAAAAAUUAGCCAAACACAAUUUGGUCUUAGGCCUGCCUAAAGUAAAUUAUUCAAAAGAUCAUAUUUGUGAUGCUUGUCAGAAAGGUAAGCAAACAAGAAGUUCUUUUAAUUCCAAAGAUAUUGUCUCCACUUCUAAACCAUUGCAGCUUGUACAUAUGGACCUUGUUGGUCCUACUAGAACUGCUAGCAUUGGACGAAAAAGUUUUUUCUAUGAGAAAGUUCAGCUUGACAAAGGAUACUACAUUACUUCCAUAAGAAGUGAUCAUGGAGGAGAAUUCGAAAACAAGGCCUUUGAGGAUUUCUGCAAUGAUCAAGGUUAUAAUUUUUCCUCACCAAGAUCUCCUCAGCAAAAUGGUGUCAUUGAAAGAAAGAACAGAACCUUACAAGACAUGGCUAGAACAAUGAUUUUGGAACACAAUCUGCCACAUCACUUUUGGGCAGAAGCUAUAAGCACAGCAUGUCAUGUAUUGAACAGGUGUCUGAUUCGACCCAUUCUAAAGAAAACCCCUUAUGAGCUAUGGAAUGGUAAGAAACCCAAUAUUAGUUAUUUUCACUCAUUUGAGUGCAAAUGUUUUGUGCACAAUAAUGGGAAAGACAACAUUGGUAAGUUUGAUCCUAGAAGUGAUGAAGGUAUUUUUGUUGGCUACUCUAAUAAUAGUAGAUCCUAUAGAAUUUUCAAUAAACGCAUUAAAUCUAUUGAAGAAUCUGUUCGUGUUAUUUUUUAUGAUAAUAACCAUUUGGUUGAGAAAGAAAGAUUUGCAGAUGAAGAUGUUUGCCAGCCUUCAGUUACUAUGACUACUCCUUCAACUGAUCAGAAUCUCUCAUUAAAAGAAACCACCUCUGCUGAUGAGUCGACUAAUCUUACAAUUGGACCUGUUCUAAACUAA